UGUGUCUUAGAAUUUAAUUUGGGACAAUUACAAGUUUCUAAAGAACUGGUAAACGAUGUUAUUCUUCCAAGAUGGGCUAAGUCAGCUGAAGAUUUCAUUUAUAAACACAGAAAAGCUCUGGAGUCUGAAUAUGUUUCUGCUCAUCUUCAUGAAUGGAUAGAUCUGAUUUUUGGUUACAAACAGAGAGGGCCAGCUGCAGUGGAGGCACUCAAUGUCUUCUACUACUGUAGUUAUGAAGGUGCUGUGGAUCUUGAUGCCUUAACAGAUGAAAAGGAAAGAAAAGCCUUAGAAGGGAUGAUUAAUAAUUUUGGGCAAACACCUUGUCAGCUGUUAAAGGAACCACAUCCUCCAAGACUGUCAGCAGAAGAAGCCAUUCAAAAGCAGACGAAAACAGAAAUUUCAACCCUAAACCUCUUUCAACACCUCCCUGAACUGAAGUCAUUUUUUAUAGAGGGAAUUAGUGAUGGUAUUCCACUAUUAAAGGCCAUCAUCCCUAGAAAUCAAUCUCGUUCUUUUAUGUCUCAAGGCAGCCCUGAGUUACUGAUAACAGUAAGCAUGAAUUAUGUUAUUGGAACCCAUGGAUGGCUACCAUAUGACCGAAAUAUUUCUAACUACUUCACAUUCAUCAAAGAUCAAACUGUGACAAACCCAAAAGCUCAGCGUGCCUUGAGUGGUCCUUUUGCCCCAGGGCUGGAGAUCACUUCCAAACUGUUUGCAGUGUCACACGAUGCGAAGUUGCUCUUCAGUGCUGGGCACUGGGAUAACAGUAUCCAAGUAAUGUCACUUACCAAAGGCAAACUUGUCUCUCAUAACAUCAGGCAUAUAGAUAUUGUGACUUGCUUAGCUACAGAUUACUGUGGAAUACACUUGAUUUCUGGUUCCAGGGACACUACAUGCAUGAUAUGGCAAAUAACACAACAGGGAGGCACUUCUGUGGGCUUAGCACCUAAACCUUUUCAAAUCCUCUAUGGACACACUGAUGAGAUACUGAGUGUGGGUAUCAGCACUGAACUCGACAUGGCAGUAUCAGGGUCAAGGGAUGGCACUGUGAUUAUACAUACCAUUCAGAAAGGGCAGUACUUGAGAACCUUACGACCACCUUGUGAGAGUUCCCUGUUCUUGACCAUUCCCAGUUUGGCCAUAUCCUGGGAAGGACACAUUGUCGUCUAUUCCAGCUUGGAAGAAAAGUCCACCCUCAAGGAUAAGAACCUGUUACAUGUGUUUUCUAUAAAUGGAAAAUAUCUGGGGUCUCAAGUCCUGAGUGAACAAAUAUCAGACAUGUGCAUAGUUGGAGAACACAUUAUCACUGGCAGCUUACAAGGGCUACUGUCUGUAAGAGAGCUCCACAGCCUGAAGCUCAGCAUCGCUCCAUUAGCCAUGCGAUUACCUAUCCACUGUGUUUCCAUAACCAAAGAACACAGCCACAUUCUCGUUGGCUUAGAAGAUGGCAAGUUGAUUGUAGUGGGUGUCGGCAAGCCAGCCGAGAUGCGAUCGGGCCAGCUUUCUCGAAAAUUGUGGGGCUCUAGCAAGCGGCUCAACCAGAUUUCAGCUGGAGAAACGGAAUAUAAUACUCAAGAUUUCAAGUGAUUGUUCCUUCCACCUUCUGUGAUGGAGAACUCAGCUUCAUUUACUGUUUUGUCAUUUAGCUGCAUCUCUCCACUCUGAAAGUCUUUAAUGGUUUUAUCUGAAAAAUGGAUUACCACGGUUUGAUAUUGGAGGACGUGCCUGUAACACAGAACGCUUAAGAGGCUGAGGCAGGUGGAUCUUAAGUUCAAGGCCAGCCUGUGCUACAUAGCAAGGCCUUAUCUCAUAGUAGGUUAUUGUCUUAAGUCCAUUUUUAAAGUUUUGUCAACAUGAGUCUAGUUUUAUUAAACAGUACUAAAAUUCAAUUGAGAAAAUACAUUUGAUUUGAUUUAAUAAUUUGAUUAAAUAAUUCCUAAGUUAUUAAAUCCAUUUAAAAAACAGACUUGUAAUAUUUUACUUUUAGGUUGAAUUCCUGUAAUCUAAGUAGCAAAAUUCAAGAUAUUUCUAAUAAAGUAGUUGUAUAGAUAAUAGAGAGUUGAGAGAUGUGGCUUUUCAUGUGUUCUUUUAAAUAAUCAUUUUUGUGUUUACUGACCAUUACAUUAAAAACAUCAGUUUACUCAUGAAGCUCCUGGUUAAGGAAAUAAACCUUUAGACAUUUGUUUACCAUUGAAUUUUCAGAAGUUUCACUCUGCACAAUUAGAUUAAAUAUAAACAUUGGAAUAGUACAGUGGUUCAUUUCCCUACCCCUAAUAUUUAAUAUAUUACAAAUAAAAUGUAUUGAAUUGCCACAAAAGUUGAAUAGGAAAAAGAAAAACUAGAGAUAACUUUUACAAAUGUACUUCAUUAAUAGUAUAUUUAAGCAAAAAAAAA